GCCACGGACUUUAUUCAACUUUACACACCGAGCUGAGCCUCAGAGACACUGCGCCUGCUUCUGAAAGAAAAGAAAGACCUCAUCAUGGUGUCUAUGGGACGACAGAUGCUGGGCUUUGCCCUCGCCAUCAUCGGCUUCCUGGGGACCAUCAUCGUGUGCGCCCUGCCCAUGUGGAAGGUCACGGCCUUCAUUGGAGCCAACAUUGUAACGGCACAGGUCAUCUGGGAAGGCUUAUGGAUGAACUGUGUCACGCAGAGUACUGGUCAGAUGCAGUGCAAGAUCUACGAUUCUCUCCUGGCUCUGCCUCAGGACCUCCAAGCCGCCAGGUCUCUCGUGGUCAUCGCCAUCAUCGUCGCCGCCUUAGGGGUCAUCCUGGGCAUCGCUGGGGGCAAGUGCACCAACUUCAUUGAGGACCCAAGCUCCAAAGCCAAGGUGGCCAUCGCUGCGGGGAUUGUCUUCAUCUGUGCCGGCGUUCUUGUUCUCAUCCCAGUCUGCUGGUCGGCCAACACCAUCAUCAGGGAUUUCUACAACCCCAUCAUGACCAACGCUCAGAGGAGAGAGCUGGGGGCCGCGCUGUACAUCGGCUGGGGCACGGCUGCACUCCUCCUCCUGGGGGGUGCCCUCCUCUGCAGCUCCUGCCCGCCAAAAGAGAGCCCAGAGUAUCCUGUCAAGUACUCCGGCGCCAGGUCAGCAGCCACCAGCCGAGCCUACGUCUGAGAGCCCCCUUGCUCUGACAGACUUCAAACUAUUUUACCUUUCUUGAGUAACCCUCCAUCGUUGUGAGUUACUGAAAGCGCCACGAGUUGUGUGUCUCUUUUUUAAUGAAGAGAGUGAGAACUGAUUUUCUGGGAAAUUCAGAUUUCUCUGGUGAAGGCAAGAGAGAGACAGUUUCUUAAAGAACGAGGAACACGCCACACAGGCCAAACUCCAGAAGUGGCAGGAAAAUCUUCCAACAGUGUGACGACUGGACUUUAAAAGCUAUUCUGUAUUCAGCUUGUAUCAAACCUAAUUUUCCUCUGAAUGUUUGGCAAAUCUAAGCUGUGCGAGAAAACCGUUUAUGGUCAGAAAGAGUUACGAUGAAAGAAACUUUGUACAGUGGCGAUAAUAUAUUGUGAAUUUAUUGUGUGAGAUUUUCUACUGUCGUCUUUGUGCAUUAUGAAAAAGACUAUGUUUAUUGAAAUCACUGAUUUCUAAUAAAACGUUUACUUAACUGA